AUGCCUCAAAUAGCGGGGCUCAGAUACCGGAAGCGCUCGGUGACACCGCCACGCUUCAUCAGCCCCACCUCGCAGCUGGUCAUCACCUUCACGCUCAGCGGGCUGCAGCUGGUGGCCGCGGCCACCUGGCUGCUGGUCCGGCCACCCCACGCCCUCAUCGACUACGAGAUGGGCCGGACCCCCGACCCCGAGGCGGCGCGGGGGGUCCUGCGCUGUGACAUGGCCGAGGGGGCCACGCUGGCCUGCCUGGCCUACGCCCUGCUGCUGAUGCUCACCUGCACCGUGUACGCCGUCAAAGCGCGCGGCGUCCCCGAGACCUUCAACGAGGCCAAGCCCAUCGGCUUUGCCAUGUACACCACCUGCGUGGUGUGGCUCGCCUUCGGACCCAUCUUCUUCGGCGCCGCCCAGUCGGCAGAGAGGGUGCACGUGCAGACGGCCACGCUGACGGUGUCCAUGUCGCUGUCGGCCUCGGUGCCCCUGGGGCUCCUCUACGCCCCCAAGGUCUACGUGAUCCUGCUGCACCCCGAGCGCAACCAGCCCAAGCGGCGCGGUGCCGACCCCCCCCCAUAGGGACCCACGGAUUGGGGGACCCCCGGCACCCCAAAACCCCUGACCCCGAGAGCCCCCUCCCCACAACAAAGCUGCUCCUGCAAACCCCCAGAAGUGGUUUUUUUUUGGGGUGAG